AUGAAGGCGGCGGCCCUGGGGGCGGGCUCCCUUCUCUCCAGGCUGCGCCGCUCCCCGCCGGCCCCCAGCCCGCGACCCCCGUCCGGCGGGGGCCGCGCCCCGCGCCCGGCGCCCAGCGAGACGGAGAAGGAGCCCGGGGGGCGGGCGGCGGCCAAGGGGCUGCUCAUCACCCUGCCCGACAUCGGGGAGGAGGAGGCGGCCGAGGGCGAUGAGGCGGCCGGCAGCCCGCGGCUUCCUACGAAGGGACUGUCCAGAGGUCCCUCAGAGCAGUGUCUCUCUGGAAAAAGUGGAGUAUCUCUUCCAUCAGUUUUUGCAAGAAAUGUUCAAGAAGCCAUUGACAAUUAUACCUGUGAGACACUUUCAUCACUUUCACCUAGUGGUUGUACAACACCCACGGAGUUGAAUAAUUCUUGGUCUGGAAUAAACAGCUAUACUACUAGUUUGUCUACUGAAAGAAGUUCGAUUUACUCCUGGAGGGAUGAUGAAUUUGAUAAAGCCAACACACAGAGAGUGCAUCAGUUAUUUUUGGAGAUUGAUGAAAUGUUAUUUGAAGGAAAAGUGACCUCCCAAACAGAGAACCUGAAGGCAGAAUGUGCAGAUUGGGUUGAACAAUUUCCUCAUAUAAGGGUUCUGGGAAAGCAACUCCUCGUGCCAAAGGAUGAAGGCUUUCAGCAUUUUCAAAGCAAAAAUGAUGCCCAUGUAGAUACUAAGUGUGUGCCUGGCCUCCUUGAAUGUACUGGUCAUACAAAGGAGCUCUGCAUCUCAGGCUCUAAACUGAUACCAACAGUAUCUCCAAUGCAUACAUCACUGGAUUCAGGUUCCACUAGGAUUUCUGCUUCAGAUUCAGCUGUGUAUUCCUUCCUGGAAGAAGAAAUUUACGAUGAAGAUGGAAAAAUAGAGGAAUAUCUUGCCUUUGACAACAAGGAGCUUGAGGAUGAGAUUUGGGAACAAAAGAAAAUGCAUCUUUCUGAGAAGAGGUGUAAGCGUGGCAUUCCCCCUGUUUCUCCCAAUGCCUGUAUCAAAGAUGCUGUGGCUUCUGAAGUGUUUGAUUAUAUCUGGAGCAAUGUGAUUGGAAUAUUGGAGGAGCUGAUUAAAAAAAAUUGGGAAAGUAGUAUCCCAGAAUGUGACCAACAAAUAGAAAAACUCAAAACUGUUACAGCAAAACUGCCACAUUUGCCAGUCAUUCAUAUUACAGCAGAUGCUGGGACUACUCCUCUUUCCAGAGGCUCUGAAGCACAAAAUAUAUCUUUUGGGGCUCUUUCUGUUUCAUCACAGGUUUACCGUUUCUCCAGCAACUUCUGUAGUGAUUUGAGUGGUGUGAUGACAAUUCAAGCAAAACCGCUCCAACAGAGGCAUGCUGUCACAGCAGAAAAAACACAGAAUGAGCAAGAAGACAAACAGUAUAGCAGUGCCUCCAGCACUCCAAAUUCAGCACAUGCUAGGUUGGGGAGAAUUUCUGAUAACAGUGUUCUCUCAUCAUCUCUGGCUCUGCUGACAUCUUCUAGGAAAGUACCAAGGUUACCUGCUCUCACCUCUGACCAACCCUGCUCAGAAGUUCCUAAUAUGUACAAUGAUGAAAUCCUUACAGGGACAAAAUUGGUUGGCAGCAGUUUAUCUUUUGCUCGUGUGCCUGCAACCCGGAACAAGUUACCACCAAUAAACUCUGAGCCUGUUGAACAACACAUUUCAGUACCUCGAAUGCAACAGAGCCCUCAUCAAGAACAAUAUGCUCAUAGCAGAGUGUCAAGUGCAGUAGCUGGCAGGACAGAGCAACAGCCACUCAGAGAAAGAACUCUUACUGUUGAUCAAUAUUCAAGACCCAGCACAACUCAUACAUUCAGGAGAGACACACCUCAGAAAAAGUCACUGACUCCUGUGGAUUUUGUUAACCACAGAAGGACUGGUCAAGGAUUUUUGAUAACAGGUACACAGAAUUACUCCAGAUCCUUUCAGAGAAAUCCUCUAACCUCAAAGAAGAGAUUUCAGAUUGCUUCUUAACCUGUUUUAGGAAGAAACAGAAACCCUCUGCACUGAUUGAAAGACUGAAGCACUAAAUAUGCCACUUAGUAUCUUGUGUAACAAAGAAUGUAUGCAUAUGGUAGUGUCUGCUAAGCCUUGCAAUCCUCAGGAUGCCUGCAUUACCUUCUUUUAAAAUUAUUUGACCAGAGCUUAGAGUAAAAAUUAUAGCAAAAUUAAAUAAACGGUUGAGGUAUCUGCUCUGUUGGCAGUAUCAAGAGACUGUGGCUGCACUUUCUUCUCAGGCAUUCCUCCUUUUUAUGGCUUUCCUUGGGAAUAUUUUUCUACCUAUCAAAUAAGAUGCAUUUAGAACAUAAAAGUGCUGUUCCUACUUAUUUUUGUUUCCUUAAAGAUGUUCUAGUCUAUCUAAAUAUUAGUCAUAUAUAAAAUUUAAACUUUUAAACAGAAGUUUGCAGUACUUCCUCUUUAACUGCUAUGUUAACAUUUCUUCAUUUUUCAGUCUGUCUGCUUAUUAUUAUAUUAUUAUAUUUUAUCUCUUAAAAGUAUCUGUACCAGCCUUUUAUUCUUUCUUUAAUUCUUUUGAAAUCUCAUUUUUUGCUGUUCUAAUCAUCAGUAACUGUGGGAACUGCUGGGAUAAACUUGUUUAUAGCAAGUAAUGUUUUUCCUGCUGAGCCAAGAGUUUAUAGAUGCUGAGAAUUGAACCACAUGCUGACAAAUCUCCAAGACCAUUCCCACUUUUUGAGAUUUCUUGCACAAAUGAAGAGAAGAGCAGAACAACAAGCUUCUGUGGCUUAAAAAGAAGGAUUUGUUAAUUACCAGAGCAGCAAUGGAUUGCUCUCAGAUGGCAUGAGAGAGGAAGAGGGAUGUUUGCUGUCUACCAGAUGUAUUUUAACACUUCUCCCUUUUGGUCAGUUUUUGGGCACCUGAAAAUUACUGGAUAUCCUGAUAAUCAUUGUAGACUCAUUCCAGAUUGGAAGGGACCUCAAGGAUUAUCUGGUCCAAUCUUUGCUGGCAAAAGCACAGUCUAGAAGAUGGCCCGUCACUCCGUCCAGCUGAAUCUUAAGUCUCCAGUGCUGGAAAAUCCACCACUUGCCAAAUAAUGGAGAGAUUAUUCUAAUGGCUGUUUAUUCUCAUUGUGAAAAAUUUUCCUCUUGUGUCCAUUUGGAAUCUUCCCAGGUGUAAUUUGCAUGUAUCACUCCUCACUUUUCCAUAUGACUUCUUAUGAAAAGGGAAUCUUCAUCUUCUUAGUAGACACCCUUUAAAUACAGGAAGAUGUUGAUAAGAUGUGCCUAAGCUAAUUUUCUCCAAGCUGGACAAAUCCACUUUUCUUAGCCUUUCCUCACAUGACAGGCUACCCAGUAAUUUGGUCAUCUUUUUUGCCCUUUACUGCACCUUCUCUACCCUGUCCACAUCUUUCUUGUAUAGCAGGGAUCAAAACUGAUCACAAUAUUCAGGUGUGGCCUGACCAGAACUGAGUAGAAUGGCAUAGUUACUUUAUCUCUCCUGGCAUUGAUGCAGCUAUGUCUUGUAUUGGCUUUCUUUGCUGCAGCAACAAAUUGUUCACUCACACUGAGCUGCUUGUCCACCAGCACCCCCAGGUCCCUUUCAUAGAGCUGUUCUCUAGUCAGGUAGAUCCCCAGCCUGUGCUGCUCUCCUGGAUUAUGUUUUUCCAUGUGCAGGACCUAAGGAUAUUUGUCCUUACUGAACUUCAUAAGGUUCCUGUUAGGCCAAUUUUUCAGCCCGUCCAGGUCUUCCUGCAGGGUCACUCUCCCUUCCAAAGUGUCCCUGCCUCACUCAGUUUGGCCUCACCGACAAACUUUAUCUGGGUACACUUGAUCCCAUAAUCCAAACCACUGAUGAAGGUACUAAACAGUGUCACCCAGUAUCUUUCUCUGGGUGACUUCACUUGUGGCAGGGUGAGAGGGAGCAAUUUCCCACCACCCUCCCGGUGUGGCUGAGCGGCCAAUUCCCCACCCACUGCAUGGAUCACACAUCCACACCAUCACAUCCACAUUUCUGUAGGAGAAGACCAUGGGAAACCAUAUCAAAAGUCUUGGAGUUUUCCAGGUAGACAAUGUUCAAGCAGGUUAAUUUGUUGUAAGAGACAAUCAGAUUUUCCAAGAACACUUUGUCCUUGGUCGAUCUGUGCUGGCUUUUCCUAAUCGUGGGGUCCAUUUGACUUGUAACAGCACCAAAGAAAAUUUGUUCUGUAGGUUUCCCAGGGACUAAAGUAAGACAGGUGGGCCUAUAAUUUUCUGGAUCCUCUCUGAAAUCCUUCUUGUAGACAGGAGUGACAUUAGCCUUCUUUAAGUCUUCUUGGAUGUCCCCCAAAUUCCACAACUUAAAAAUUAUGGAGAGUGGCCUCACAGCUAUAUUGGCCAGCUUUUCUUGGUUGGGUACUAUCAGAUCACAUCAAUGUGUAAAGGUCAAGCUCCUGUAAUAGUUCACAUACCAACCCUUCCUUCACAGAUAGUGGGUCUGUGUUUGCAUCAACCAGGAUUUCUUUUUUCCCAAGGCUUGGUGCUGAUUAAAGAGCAAGGGUGAAGAAAGUGUUGAGUACCUCUGCCUUUUCAGUCUUGUUGGUGACUAAUUCAUCUCUCCUAUUAAACACAGGCAAAUACUUUCCUUCUGUUUCUGCUUGUUUACAUACCUGUCCUGGUUUCAGCUGGCAUGGAAUUUAUUUUCAUCCUAGUAGCUGGCACAGUGCUGUGUUUUAAAGUGUUAUGAGAAUAAUGUUGAUUACACAGUAAUGUUUUAGUUCUUGCUAAGUUGCGUUUGCCCAACAUCAAAGACUUUUCAAUGCUCCGUGCUCUGCCAGUGGGAGGGUCACAAGAAGUGAGGGAGCACAGCCAGGACAGCUGACCCCAGCUGGUCAUACCAUAAAGUCCACACCACAGAAGGCCCUGCUCAGUAUAGAUGGGGAGUGGCUGGGAGGGACUUAUUGCUGCUUGGGGGUGGACUGAAGUUAGUGGAUGGUAAGCAAUUGUUUUGUAUAAUUGCUUGUGUUCCUUGGAUUUUGCUCCUCUCUCCUGUUUUCCUGUUUUUAUUUUACUUUAUUAUAUUUCAAUCAGUAAACUUUUCUUAUCUCAA